AUGGCCGCCCUUUUCGCGGCUCUUAUGUCAUGUAUGUUUGGUAUGACAGAAGUUUCUAUAUCUAAUCCAAAAUCAUUUGGAACUAUUGUUCCAAGUGGAAGCACUGGUAUUCAAUGUCUUGAAUAUUAUUAUUUUUCAUUUGGUUCAUACGGACAAGAAACAACGGUAAUAUUAGAAUCAAGUGGAAUUAAUAACGUAAGGUAACGAUGAAAGUUUUUUUGAAAAGAUUUGUUUUCAAGCAUAUGCUAAGUCAUAAAAGAUAAUUAUUUUCGUCAAAACUUCAAAACCUUUAGCUCCGUUUGAACACCACUGUUUACCUACCACAACUUC